AUGCUCGAGCCGAACUUCAUCAGUGUUCAAAGCGACAGAACAACGAGGUUUUGGUAUAACCCUGAUGAUUUGGAACCCGAAGACGACGAAGACGACGAAGAGGAGAUGCGAGACGUUGAAAUUCAAAGGAGAUCGGACAACACACCGCCCGUUCGCACAGUUCCAACGGCCUCGCCAACCGUUGAACCAGCCCGACUCUCACCAACAUCAACCCCGCCGCAAUCGCCUACACCGUCAUCACUUCAAACCCCGCCACAAUCGCCAGUUCCGCCAGCUCGACGAAGAAAGCGGGUCAAUGCUGACGUUUGUCAAACCGCGCCGCCCACUAGAAGAAGUAGGAGCGCGUGCUCCGUCAACGAUGCUUUGGAUCGGCGAGAUUCUGGCUAUGAUGCCUUGGAUUUAUCCACCAAGCAUGCAAAUCUCGUGAAAUUAGCAAGAGCAUUUGAUGUUGCGCCAACUCCUGCGAAACUGGCCACAAUUCACAAAAAAGCAGUCGAUUUAUCGGCAGCUUGUGAACUCAAAGCCCACUAA